AGAGACGCUGUUGAAGCACCAUGACAGGGAAUUAGGAUUGCAUGAUAUAAACUACUCCAGUGGCGUGGUGUUUUGUAAACUUAACCAAAUAAAAAGAGUAUUGCAACCAUCAUAAACAGGCCUAUAUUUAACAUGUUGCUUUAUGCAUCAUAAAACAUUCCGCGAAUAUAUCGCCCAUCUGUAGUUGGGUGUUUAGAGUUCAGUCACUGAUGGGUUAAAUGAGCUCGAGCUGAAGGCGCAUCAUAUCUGAGGCAGCAGGAGGAAACGCGCUCAACAUUUGCGCUCCGAUCCUCCAGCAUUACGCGUCUCUUUCCAACUCGCAGGAAUAACCCACAUCACUUCAUCUCUGCGUGGAUGUCUCUUUAAACCCCGAGCGUCUCCACACAGUCGCGCUGAUUAAGAUUUGCAAAGAGCUGCUGAUCUCCGGCAGGUCCAUUUGGAUGCUGGACCCCGGAGCCGCGUCCGCACGAUGCCCGGCCAUCACUGGAUAUAAAUGACAGAUCCAAGUGUGUGUGACUUCAGUGCACCGAACCAGAGGCUGCAUGGGAGAUGAACGCAGCCGCCAAACAUCAGCCUGAUCUGCUAGAGAGACCCGCCAGCCUCCUGGUACCAACAUGGACAAAAACUGGACUUGCCCUUUUGUACGACGAACACACAAGUAACACCUACGACGUUCGCUUAAAGUUAACGAAAGAGCUGUUAAUCAUACAGAAGCAGGAUGUGGUGUGCGUAAACGGUGGCGACUCCCACUUAAAUCACAGAACUGUUGUACUUCGAAGACAGGUGACUGGAGGUCUCGGUCUGAGUAUCAAAGGGGGAGCAGAACAUAAAGUGCCUGUGGUCAUCUCGAAGAUUUUCAAAGAUCAAGUAGCCGAUCAGACGGGGAUGCUGUUUAUCGGUGACGCCGUGUUGCAGGUCAAUGGCAUUAACGUGGAGAAGUGUACACAUGAGGAAGUCGUUCAUCUUUUGCGAACGGCAGGGGAUGAAGUCACCAUCACUGUACGUUACCUCAGGGAAGCGCCGGCCUUCUUAAAACUCCCAUUAGGUUCACCCGGACCGUCCAGCGAUCAGAGUAGCAGAGCGUCCUCGCCGCUUUUCGACAGUGGUUUGCAUUUAAAUGGGAACUCGAGCAACACGGCCCCGUCGUCGCCCUCCUCACCUUCGGCUAAUGAACCAAAGUAUGAGAAACGCUGGCUCGAUGCCGUCACCCUCCCUCUCUUCAUGGCUCGAAUCUCUCGACGCAAAGCUGGAACCGACAAAUUAAGAUCGAACAGUUUUGAAGUCAUUGCCUUAGAUGGAGUUUGCACGCACGUUCUACAAUUUUGCACUGCAGGAGAAAGCACAGACUGGCUUCAAGCAAUAUCAACCAACAUCAACGAUUUGACACAGGAGAGCAUAAAGACGGCAAAUAAAUACUGUUCUCCUGAUGAUCAGAUUGUCCACAUGGGUUGGGUGUGUGAGCAGCUCCAGGGCAGCGACGCCGAUUCGACACGCGGCUGCAGGUUUCUGGCGUUGAGAGGCUCUUCCCUUCUCAUCUUCAGGAGUCCUCCUGUCAUGGCGCCAGACUGGGCUCAAGCAGAGGCUAGUUUUCACCUCUGUGAGGUUCUCUUUAAGGUUCAUAAGCUAUGGAUAGCCGAAGACUGCUGGAUACAGACCAAGUUUUAUAUGGGCCUCCAGCAGGAUGGUGAGCUGCGGGACAGUGAACCCUUCUGCUUUAGUGUGCUCGUGGGUCACGGCCAGAGCUUCUGCUACAGCGUUGAGCUGGGCUCAGAACUGGUGCUGUGGGAGAAAGCGUUUCAGAGAGCCGUGUUCAUGGAGGUGCAGAGAGUACGGUCGAAGAGCUACAUGUGCAGCAGUCAAGGGAAGAUCCUGUGCUUCACAGUCGACUUUGAGUCGGGCUUCUCCUGCUCCGAGAGCGUUUCAAAGAAAACCAUCUGGAAAUAUAAAUUCUCCCAGCUGAAGGGUUCAUCGGAUGACGGCAAGACACGAGUGAAGCUUCUGUUCCAGAAUUCAGAGAAUAAACAGAUCGAAAUGAAGGAGCUGGAGUUUGCGAAUCUGACGGCCGUCCUUCACUGCAUACACUCAUUCAUCGCUGCCAAAGUGGCCACGGUGGAUCCCGUCUUCGUCAACAAUCAAAGUCUCACGCAGAAGUACAUGUGCAGCAGCUAGAAACAUCCGUGUACAUUCUCUGAUUUUAUGCACAAUAUCUAUGGAUAUAUCUAGUUCUUGUUAUUUUUGUACGAAUCUUCUAAAUCCAGAAGGACGUUUAAGGAACACUUUGAGUAGAUGAUAUUUUGACAUGCAUCGAGUUAUGAUUUCUUUCUUACCUACUAAUAAGAUCAAUCAUGUGCUUAACCUGAACUCAUAUUGAUUAUGUAGCAAAGCAGAUGUUGACAUACGGCAUUAUAAGUUGAUGCAUGAACUGCAUUUGACAAUUUUACAGGCCAAAACGGGUGAAACUCAGCUGUAAUAUCAACCAAACUUUUGUGUUCUUUUGCCCUUUUGUUUAUUCAAUGCCUCAAACCUCUUAAUUUAGCACAAAGCAUAAUAGCAAGUCAUAUACGUAUAAGAUUUUAAUGUCAAUUCUGAUGGUUCUCUGCAUUUGAAUCAAAGUGCUGCCUAUGUUCAAAUUAAUUUGAUAUGUGUUAAUAUGAAGUAGUUCUUUCAUUAACAGUAAUUAGACAGUCUUGCCAGCUACUGUCCUUAAAAAUGGAAAUUUUCUAAAAAUCAAGGUCCCUGAUCUACUGUUCUAUUUAGUUUGAUGUUAUUCCAGUUCUUUUCCAAAUAAAGGAAUGAUUAGUUCACUGCUGA